UAUUUUAAAGAGUGUCAAAAGCACCCGUUAAAGUUCAAGAAAAAAUAAAAAGAUAAAAGGGUCAUGUUAACUUGUGCCCCGCCUCGGGGCACUGGUUAAGGAAGUUAAACGAAAAAAAAUUAAAUUAAAAAUGUCAAUUUUUAUACUUUUAAAAUCUUGAAUGCACAAGUUUCAAUGUAACAUUAUUACAUUUGGUUUCCUUAACCGAUGGGCACGGCUUAACAUUUUCCAAUAUAAAAUACCUAGAUUUCUAUCUACAUUCCAGUGGACCAAUAAGAACCUUCGAUUUCUACGCUCUAAUACUCCUAACAUACAUACACAGUUCUGUUUCCAUUUCUACAUCGCAAAGGUGAGCAAGCAACACUUUCACCUAUGACUCUGUCCGAGAAGAGGGCCAAUCAUGGUGAUCACAUUGAUCGAAUCAGUGACUUACCAUGUAAUGUCAUUGAUGGCAUCCUAGAACGCUUGAACAUUCAAGAGCUAGUUAGUACCAGUCUUCUGUCUAGAAAGUGGAGGUAUAUGUGGAAUUCAGUCCCACAACUUCAAUUUUGUGAGGACUUCUUUUGUAGGUUCGAGGAUCUUAAUGACCCUGGCCCUGAGAUUUCUAGAAUUAUCACCGAAAUUCUUUUACUCCACAAUGGGCCGAUAUAUAGAUUUAUUCUUGAUAUCCCUUUGUUCUCCAAUAUUUUGAUCACCACUGAAAUCCUCAAUAAGUGGGUUCUGUUUUUGUCGAGGAGGGGCAUUAAAGAUCUUGCGCUUGUGAAUUAUGCAACAUUCUUCAAUCAAAUGCCAUCCCAUGUCUUCUCUUGUCAAGAAUUGACGCACUUUUGGUUUUCCGGAUUUAACGUGUCAGUUCCACCCAAUUUCCGUGGCUUAAAAAAAUUGUUGGUCCUUCAGUUAGAUCAUAAUACAUACGAGUUUGGUGCACUUGAGAGUCUUAUUUCUGGCUGCCCAUUGCUUGAAGAGCUCAGCAUAGAACUGUUUGGAGAUAUGAAGUCAAUUUGUCUCAAGAAAGCAAAGAAUCUGACUGAUCUUCUACUCACAGUUAAUCAGGAGAGUGUAUCUGGUUUGAUCAAAAGUUUGCCAGAAAUUCAGAGGCUUGCUAUGGAAUCAUAUCGCAACAAGACACUAUGCAGAUAUCAUUCCUCCGUCACAGUUGAUUAGCUUAAAGUAUCUGAAAUUGAAUUCGGUGAAUUUGGAUGAAAGAGGAGAACUAUAUUAUAUUGUUAGUGUACUCAAAAGUGCUUCUAACCUUGUUGAACUAUUUAUAGAGAGUCGUGAUGAAGAAGAGCCAGACCAACCAGAGGAGUUAGAAUGCACAAGUUGUUGCCUUAGUAGACUACAGACUGUGAUUAUCAGCACUGGAACCAUCUUUAAAAAUGCAAUGAGUUUGGCACAAUUCAUACUUGCAAAUUCCUCAUCAUUAACGACUCUUACCUUUAAAAUUUAUCUUGGUUAUGAGAAAUCAGACGCGACUUUACUGUCGAGCAUUUCACGAGACUUGUCAAUGAUGCAACGAGCAUCACUCAAAGCACGUAUUAAAGUCCUUCACUGAUAGAUGUUCAAUUGUGAAAUGUAUUUGAUAUAUUAGCCUUCAACGUCACAUUUCUUCAUUGUCUUUCCUUUGUUUUAUUUUCUAGGAUUUGAUAUUUAUGUUGAGGUUUCACACUAGUCUAACUGCACAAUUUGUUUA